AUUGGAACAUUUAUCAAGACCAUUGGUGCAAGCGCCAUAAUUGGUCUGGUGGUUUAUUACAUCGCGCGAUUCUACGCUAAACGAUACAACUACCCGCCCGGUCCCAUACCAUUACCACUUAUUGGCAAUGUACUUAUGUUCCGUAAUUACACAACUCAUUGGAAUGAGGAGAUUCUAAAACUGAGCAAGAUCUAUGGCCCGGUGUUUACCCUGUGGAUCGGUCCCUUACCAUUUGUGUUUAUAUGUGAUUUGGAUUUGGGCAGAGAGGCUUUCAAUAAAAUUGAAUUUACUGGUCGACCAGCAUCACAAUUAGGAAGCAUAUUUUCAAAUGAACAACACAGAGCUGUUGUCUUUGAUGAUUACGGCCACAGUUGGGAAAGUUUACGCCGCAUAUCGCACACCACUAUUCGAAAAUACGCCAAAACAAAGGCAUUGUCUGAAGUGGUGGCCGAAAACGUAAGCGAAAUAAUUGACAAAAUAGUCGCCACCGAAGGCAUCGGUAAACCAUUUCGACCCAAACUAUACGUUUACAAUAUAUUUGACAUCGAGCAACCUGAAUUGAAAAAAUUUAAAUACAUCACAUCGGAUUUUCAAACAGAUCUUGGUAACACGCUAUUUUUAUAUGAGUUCAUACCAGUGAUGCGCUAUUUUAUGGCCAAUCCAUUGAUUAAAUAUAAACAAUAUUUCGAUGAAAUGAUGAAAUAUUCGCGAAAUAUAUACCAAACGCACGACAAAACAUAUGACAGUAAAAAUUUGCGCGAUUUUUGUGAUAUACUUAUCGCCGCUAAACACGAAUCUAUUGCUGAGGACAAGCAGACAGCGCCCUAUUUUACCGAUGAUAACCUACCGGCGGUUUUAAUUGAAUUGUUUAUGGCGGGCACCGAAACAACGCAUGCAACUUUUCAAUGGUUACUGCUAUUCAUGGCAUAUAAGCCUGAAUAUCAGGAUAAGUUAAGCGCAGAGAUUAACCGUGAGAUCGGCGAUCGGGUGCCAGUGGUUGAGGACAAGUCACGGCUCAAUUAUACGCUCGCGUUUAUAUCAGAAAUUUUACGGCACAAAAAUCCUUUCCCGAUCGGUGUAUUUCAUAAGGCAUUAGUUAAUAGCAAAAUAGGUGGAUAUCCCGUGGCUCAAAACACCCAGGUAGUAUUGCACCAGCAAGCAAUUAUGAAGGAUGCAAAACACUGGAAAAAUCCAGACAAAUUCGAGCCAGAACGAUUUCUUGACGAAAAUGGUCAAUUUAUUCAAACAAAACCCGUGGCUUAUAUGCCGUUCAGUUACGGUCGCCGCAUAUGUCCCGGUGAAUCGUUGGCCAUUAAUGACCUAUUUUUGGUUUUGGCCCUGGUCAGAUUUAUUCAAUUGACCAGUGAUUAUCGCAUUGAACUGCAUAGCGAGCAUGGUGAUCCAACACCAGAUGUACUCGAACCGGACCUUAUAAAGUUAAAA